AUGACCAUCGAGCGGGACACAUAUCAGAAGACAGGGUGUCUUAAUCUUGAAUGCUCUGGAUUCGUACAAGUCAGUAACCAGUUCGCAGUAGGUAGUGCAUUUUCUCCUACCUCUUCUUACGGCGGCAACCAGUUUGACGUAACAAUGUUCAUCUGGAAGGAUGCUAACGAUGGGAACUGGUGGCUGAUCAUUGAUUCAUCGUUGAUCGGGUAUUGGCCGGAGAAACUGUUCACGCAUCUAGCUCAUGGCCCGGCGGAGUUGGUACUGUGGGGUGGCGAGAUUGUGAACACACACGCAGCUACGGCCAGCACACUACCACGCAUAUGGGUUCGGGCCACUUUGCAGAGGAAGGCUACGGCAAGGCAAGCUUCUUCCGCAACCUGA